AUGCAGGCGCCAACGCUAACCAGUAGGCUGCGCGACGUCGCCGCGUCCGCGCACGCUGCUCAUGAGGAAGAACCCCUCUGUGGUUCGAAACUAGUAGAGCUUUUCUCAAUUACAAACAUCGGCAAACGAGCAUACGAAUUACCUGAUGGUAAGCAAUCAGCGCCACCCAUGGACAACCGCAACACCAAUGAAGUAACGAUUGGGACAUAUGCAACUCACUGCGACGAGGCGACCACAGCACGAGUCGCUGAGGGCAACUUCGGACAGUCCGAAGUGUUCAACUGGCUCGGAAUACUUAAAGUACACUUACAUGAAGGCAAAAAAUGGAGGACGGCACUGACUGGGAUCGUGCUUGUAACAAGUAAGCAUGCAAUAGCCAACGCUGACGACAUCGUUAAGAUUCCUCAACAUGUCUUUGAGACAGACACCAAGGCAAUCUUCAUGCCUGGGAAGGGCACUGAGUGGGUGGCCACGCCCAAGUCCUACUCCACGCACCCGGAGUAUGAGUAUACCACCGUCAACACCAUCGCCAUCAUCGAGCUAGAUGUCGACGAUGUGCUGAACUUUCCGUUGAAUCCAAUAUGUCUCCCGAGCGUAUCGUUCAAAUCGUCUGAUAACUUGUACAUCACUGGGUUCACAGAUGAAAACCAGAUAUUGGAGAAAGUCAUCUAUAAGAUACAAUAUCUUGAAAAGGACGUUUGCGAUGAGUUCUACAACAGAGCUGGAUUAUCAACUGCAAAAAGUCAGCCUGCUUCAUACAUGUGCGGGUACUCGCCACGCAAAGCCUCCACUCACUGUGUCUGGGACAACGGCAUGGCGCUCGUCUCCAACGCCAGCGGCGGCAUCUUCUACCUGAUCGGUUUCGGUGUGCGCGGACCAGGCUGCGCCGCACCAGCACGGUUCAUUGACCUGUCCUCCUACUUGCCCUGGAUUACUUCCACCACCAGCGAGGCGGGGGAGAUCUUAUUAGACUUAACCGGCUUCAGGCGCACCAUAGACGAUCACAAACAAAACUAA